AACAUUACCAGCUGCGACGGAGAAUGGAAAUAUUUUAGUUUCUUUAUUUUACUGCGUCACGAUUGUCUGUGCGAUUGGAUGCACUUCAUGCAGUUUUAAAAUAAACCAUAGAAUGGAAUCAUCGUUUAAUCAGUUAGAGCCGUCAGCGGCAAGUAGGCAACGGCGGCGUAGGCGACGGCGGUACACAUUGCAACGUGCCGAUUCGAAUCCAAGGUCUUUCCUAUAUACUGGAAGAGAACGGUGUUUCCUGCGGCCGCCUAUCUCCGCACACACAGACACUCACACGCAAACGCGCCCACGUGUCGCUGUUCUUUGUGCUCAUUCUUUCCUAGCUACUGUUGCGGACCCAUCUUCUUUUUGCGCCGUCCGCUGGCGUUUGAAGUCGGAGGUUCCGCGCGUUUCGUUAUAUAGGCGUCGUGCGAUGCGCGCGGCGCGCAGUUACUAUACUGUGUCACUGGAGUCCGCGCGAGAGGUGGUCUGCAAGGACUGUACCGCGCCGCCAACCUUUUUUUUCUGUGCGUGCGAUGUUUUCACUUUCGUCAUUUUGACCGGGCCAGUUCGAUUUGACGUCGCUCGCGCACGGACGUGCCUAGGAUCGGACGUUGUGAUUAUCCUGUGAUCGCUCGCGCUUGUGUUUCGGAUUGUUUUUGUUUGUUCAUUUAUUUUUUUUUUGUGAAAGAAAUGGCUGUGAUGCAGUGCUAAUAUGUUCGAUAGCAACAUCCUUUUGAAUUUCUACAAUGAGAUUGCGAAUAGAAGUGCACUACAGUUGGCAAGUGCUGGAAUGAUGGGCGAGGGCCUGCUGACGCUCACAUACGGCAAGCACCACGCCUGCAUCCUGAACGAGGUGGGGGCGGCGUGGCGCGGCGCUCGCUACUCCGACCUGGUGCUGGUAUGCGAGGACGCCGUGCCCCUCGCCGCGCACCGCAUUGUCAUGGCUGCUGCUAGCCCUUUGAUCAGGAAAAUUCUUGACGAUACACCAUCAAUUGAAAAUCCAGUCACAAUCCACAUGUCCGGUAUUAGCAGCACUCUCAUGAGACAUCUUCUUGUUUUCCUAUACAGCGGCCAAGCGUAUAUCGAGUCUGGAGAAAUAGAUGAUAUGCAAGAACUGUUCGAACUGCUAGAAAUAAAAUCAGACGUAUGGAAAUCAACGAAAGAAAGGCAACAAGCAGAAGAAAGAAACAGAUCUUGCGAUCGCUUAAAAAACAAAAAUCUCAAAACAGACAUUAACAGCAAUGAAAGCAGUAAACACGAUGCACCGUCAGGAUCAUCACAUUCAGAAAGCGAAAGAGUAACACCUGGAGCAGGCUAUAGUAAAGAUAAGGAGAGGGGAGAUUCAGAAUCAAUGAGUAUAAAAAAAGAAAACAUGUCCACAAGCAGUAACGAUGAAAGAGAUGAUGAUGAUGCUGAUGGUGAGAAAAGAGACAAAGAAUGCGGACGAGUUUCAUCACGCAGACGAAGUUCGUCAAAUCCCGUUAACUUAUCUCUAGCCAGAAAUUCAGAAAACACAAGUAGUGAACACGAUGACUCACAGGAUUUAGAUGUCGAAACAGUAGCCGCUAAGAACGUUGAAAGAAGAAGGUCAACAUCUUCAAGUCAAGAGGAUCAACCACAAGAAACUGUUUACAGAAGACAAUUAUUAAGCGACCGAUUAGGAAGAGGUAUUGAAAGAACAAAGAGGAAAUCACAUUACCUGGAACCGCCUGAACUUGAUUUGAGAACUGUAAAAUUCGAAGAUUAUGGGCAUUUGAAACCACCUGAUAACGAAUUAAUGGCUCUCGUUCAGACUUCACCUGAAAAUUAUGUUGUAACGCCCCACAGAAAAAGACGACCUGGUUUUCACAAUUCGCCAUCACAGAAUCCCCCGUUUGUGUCAUUUCCUCCGAGUUACUUGGAAGAGAUGGCACACUUGCGAUACGCACAGGGACCUGGUGUAGCAGCUGGAGUAGCUCGCCUCGGUGCGUUACAUCAGUUGAGUGCGUCAGCCCCUCCAUACUUACCGGAAAGAAGUGCCACACCUCCUUCAGUAGCCCACGACGAUGCUCUUAAGUAUCGACCUCCAAGUGCAGGUUCGUGGGGUCCUUGGCUUUGUCAACCAACAAUGGGCGGUGACGAGGCACCGUCAACAGAUCAUGAGCAGGGUUCGAGUAAACAGGCACCGGUCCGGGAGUAUCGUUGUGAAUAUUGCGGAAAACAAUUCGGUAUGUCAUGGAAUCUCAAGACGCAUCUUCGAGUUCACACCGGAGAAAAGCCAUUCGCAUGUCGACUCUGCGUCGCUAUGUUUAAGCAGAAAGCGCAUCUGCUGAAACAUUUAUGCUCAGUACACCGGAAUGUCAUAUCAUCCAGCGAAAAUGACGGGCGAACUAAUACACCUGGAAGGUUCAACUGUUGUUUUUGCCAGUUAACGUUUGAAGCAUUACCGGAACUCAUUCGACAUCUUUCAGGACCGCACAAUAGUCUGCUUCUCAGUAAAAACUUGCACGAAUGACGCCUGCCCUCGUGACGCGUAUACACGCGUUUUAUUGGACUUUGAAACUUCUCUCGUUUCGAGAGCUCAAUUGUGAUAUGUGUUUUAAAAGGUUUAAUAUGAUAAGUGUUAGUUUUAAUAAGUACAUUAUCGCAGAGCGAUACUCAUAGUAAGGCAUUCGCAGAAGAAGGUCACUGCGGAUGUGAUAUAAAUUUGUAAUUUAAAAAUCACAUGCCGAAUGGGUCCAAAUAUUUAUAAUUUGUUUAAAAAUUAUAAUCCGGGACCAAUUCCUUCCGAGAUAGUAUUUAUUUGAAAAUGUAUUUCAUUAGCGUAAAUGUUAUUUAAAAGCCACCGACACAUUAACUCCUUAAGCAUAGGAAAUAGAUGCGAUUGUCUAAGAAAAGUUGCGAAGUUUGUACAGCCUUUACUAUAGGAACGUCACAUGAACUACCUCCUAAUUUAAAUCAACGUUUGAUGAAACUACCGGUGACGCGGUUUUACAGCGUUGACUCUAUACUUCUUAACAAUACACAAAAGUAUACAGUCAAUGUCUCUAGUCAGAAUUGGAACUUAGAAUUAUACAAAUCAUUGAGUUGUUCAUUCGCAAUGUACAAUAAUGGAAUAUCGUGUUACCUGAAACUGUACAAUAUAAUUAUAAUAUUUAUUUUCAUUAAUUUGAUUUAUUUACGAAAAUCAUUAGAACGAAGUAGUAGUAUUAUGAUCUGCUUCGACAUUAUAGAUUGCAAAAAGUCUGCUUUCACAUGCAAUAAGAACGUUUACCUUUGUUCCAAUUUAUUCCCUGACUUCAGCGUUUCGCAGCUUUUCGGACAUUUAAAAUCUCAUUAUUAGUUGUUAUUACUUACGUAACUUUUAAAGUUAGAAAGAAUGUGUUCGUAAUAUUAAAUUUGACUAUGCCUUCAUAUUAUUUUGUGCCGAUUUAUUUUCAAAGUGGAUGAACACCAAAGAUUUGUAAAGCAUUGAUAUUGUUUUGGUGUAAUACAAUUAAGAGAAAUUAUAGGGACCUGAAAAGAUUUCGAUGUUAAACUUAACGUAUGUAGGUACCAAUUUAAUAAUCUCACGACUGUAAUAAUAAAAUUUCUUAAUAGUUUAAAUAUAAUUAUCUCUUCUACAUACACUUUCGUAAUUCCACUAAGAGCUUAAAUACUAUUUUUUUGAUUUUUAUACCUAUCUUAGUAUUAAUUAAAUAUUGUUUCGUCAUAAUGUUCAAAUUACAUUGUUUUAUUGUCUUAUCUAUACUUUAAGCUUGGUUUAAAUCUUGAAAGCUUUCUUUAGAGCACACUAGUAUUGUGGCCAGUUAUUUUUAAACUGAUUUAGUAGUUAACUGUAUUGUGGGUCUGUUUCCUUAAAGUUACAAUUACUGUCAUUCUUUUAUGUUCUUGCAUUGUCAAAACCGAAAACCAAAAGUGAUUCGCUGCUUUAAUUUAUAACCAAAAGCUGUCUAAUAUUUGGUGAAGGUUCGCGUUUGAAUUUGUAACUUUUGUUACGAUGUGAAGCAAUAAGUAGUACCUAAACGUCGCGUUCGUAAUACUCAUUUUCUACAAAAGUUAAGUACAAUUUUGUUAUCGUCAACUUUAAUUUAGUUUCGGGCAAUAUUUGCAACGAGUCUUUGUACUUCGAUAAAACUUAAGUUACCAGAAAAUUGUUCAAAACCUAGAUUAAUUGACCGAGUUGUCGAAUCGCUUUAACGAUUUCCUUUUAAACGUUACCUAUCGUUAUACCAGAUAUUUUUAUUUUACGUGUUUAUUGUUUUUUAUUUACACACUUUUGUAAUUGGGGAACAACUUAAUCUUAAGCAUUGUGAUUUUGAUUGGUUAGAUUUAUGUAUGUGAUAAAUGUUUGUUUUUAUUGUGUAAGGCGCAACGAGAACGCUGUCUUCCAUUGCGUUUUCCAUAUUUUUUAAAAUUUAUUUGUAAAUAGUUAGAUGUAAGUGAUGCAUGACAAAAUCGUCCACAAACCAAUUGCUGCCGUUGAUACGUAAAACGUCUACUCGAACAAACUUUCUAUAUUUUUUACUGUCUUUGAAUACUUCCAUAGAAAUAAGAUUAUUGUGACAUUCUAAAAGUGCGGUCGGGUCGCAGAUGCCUUAACAAUGCAACUUAUAUACAAAUGAUAAUAUAUAUUUAUAUCAGUCAAGUGCUUUUUUAUAUUAAUCAAGCAAGUAAGUAUUUCAGAGUGUGCUGUAUUUUGAGUUAAAUAUUCAAAUUCAAAAGGAAUUUAUUAAAAAUUCUAACAUGUAACAAUACAAAACAAAACAAGGAAAUAACCACAGAUUUUGAAUUUGGAAACGCUUACUUGGUAAUUGAAUAACUAUGUCCACAGUUAAAUUAAAUUAUUUUUAAUUCACGUGAUGUUAUAAUAAUGUUUCACGUAUUACUUAUUCAAAAUGGUGUUUUGAGUAAUAUUAAAAUAGGAAAGAUAGUUUCAUGUUUCCAUAAUAAGUAUGUUAAAUUUUCAAGACUAAUAUAAAAAAAGCACCUGACAAUUUACACUUGAAGUCGAAAAGAUUCUGAUUAAAAAUUUGUUUUAUAGUAACUUUAGGGUAUCCACUUGAUUGUGUGGACUUUCUGAAAUGAAACGAUUCUGUUCAGUUUUAGGACGCAUCUCAUAAUGAUUGUCAAGUGCCAAUUUGAAAGGAAAAUGUUGUGAAUUGUUGAAAAAAUAUUAUACAAUGUAGAGGACACCCUAAAGCUAUAUUAUGAUACUUCUUUUGCAUCAAAAUUGCUCAGUUCAGCAAAAUUAUAUAAUAUUAGAAUUACCCAUAGACCAUAGAGAACUAACAGAGACCUCCUUGUAGAUGAAGCAGAUUUACGUGAUCUUUGAUUUGAUUUUGACAGUGAUACCAAAACAAAACAGUUUGCUACGGUACCGAAAAAGCAGAUUUUAGAAACUCAAGAAUUGAUUUAAUAAUUUUUAAAGGACACUGGUGUGAUUAUAACAUUUUGAUAAAAUUAUUUCCACACAAAACAUACAUAGUAAUUUUUUUAAUACAAAUCAAGUUUAAAUUUCAAAUUGGUUCACAACAGAAACAAAUUUAAAGAAACAAAAAUAGACAUUUCCAGAAAAUAAAUUGUUCAUUGUAUUUAGGGUCGUCAAGUUAAAUAAAUGGCUGUACCUAUCGCUAAAGUUAAAGACCAUUACUUAAAGGUUUUAAAAAUAUAAGUUUUGUAGAACUUUUAAUACUUUUCGGCAAAUAUUGAGAUUGAUGAUUGUGCAGUUUUGAUGCAAAAAGCUAUGUGUCUGCUUUGGCUAUUGAUGUAAAUAAGUAGUUCGUAAGCUAACGAGGAGAGAAGCUUAACUUAAUCUUGUUGAACUUGAAUAUUGGUUUUCUCUGUUUAAUUGUAAAUUAAAAAAAAAGUAUUUCUUAAGUUUUCACAUAGUGUACAAUUUUUUUGUAGAUAUUGUUUAGUUUAUUAACAUUCUGUAAAAAUGUGUUCUUACCCUAGUAAAUUAAAUAACAAGAAUAUUUUAGUUACACAAGC